UUUGCCAUCUGUGUAACAGAGGACGGAGUUGGCUCAAUCAAUUGCCUAGCAUCCGUGUAUGUAGACGAAAUGAAAGGCAAAACGUUCUUUAUUAUUAUUAUCCUGUUUACCAGUUUGUCGUUUAUGUGGUUAUGGACGACUAGUAAUAGAAAUUACGUUGAUCUGAAAUAUAUUACUCCAAGUCAGUCGAGCCACGUGUCCGUGAUGAACAGAUAUGGUUUGAAAGUUGAAUCGGAUGAUGAUUGGAUUGGCCACCGGUUCGAUUUGCGACGACAACAUGUUAAAAAGUUAUGCUCAGGUGACCUGUACAGCAAAAAUACAAUAGACAAGGCUAACCUCAUUGUGGUUGAUGAGUACAAGUUAAUGUACUGCUCCGUCCCGAAGACAGGCUGCUCAAGUUGGAAAAGGUUAUUCCUGGUUCUACAUCGGUUAUAUAACUCGACGGGUGAUAUUUCGCCUGGCCAAGUACAUCAAACUUUCAAAACCCUCGCCAAAGUAACAGAAGCAAAAGCAGAGGAAAUAUUACAAACUUACACCAAGUUUUUUUUCCUUCGAAAACCACUUGAUCGUGUUCUUUCUGCAUAUAGAAAUAAAAUCGAAAGGAACGACAUGGCCUGGAAGGGUAUCAAAAAAAUAAUUGUACCUAAAAUAAAGGAAAUGUAUAGAAAAAAUAAAUCCGUGGAUGCAGAAUUAAUUAAGGAUUAUGAUUCUGUGACAUUUCAAGAAUUUGCCCAAUAUUUAAGUGAUAAUAAAAACACCUUUUUAUAUCCAUUUGAAGAACAUUGGCGGGAAACCUAUCGUCUAUGUUCCCCGUGUGAAAUUGAUUAUGAUUAUAUAGGUCACUUUGAUACCCUGAUUGAAGAUUCGACGUUUAUACUGAAAACUCUAAAUGAAACUCAUGAUUUCCCAGCUGCUGGAAAUCCAACGAACAGCUCACAACAGUCUGUUCUUCAGAAUUACUAUAAACAAUUAAACUUUAAAGAAAUUGAACGACUUAAGGAACGGUAUAGAGUCGAUUCAUUACUUUUAGAUUCCAUAUAAAUUAAGCUGACACAAUGUUUAACAAAAUUAAACUUUAUUGGUCCAAUAAAACAAAAAAAAACUAAAAGGAAGGAACCACACAAAUAAUGUAAAAUCAAUUCUUAUUCAAGGAUCAGACACAACCUCGUCUGACCCAAAUAUAAUUAAAAACUCAUUCGUGACUCACUUUAGUAACAUCGGACAAAUUAAUGACAGAAUCGGUAAAACUAAUCCAAUAUUCGAAAACAUAGUAAUCAUGAUGAUACUACUAUUAAAACAACUCUAAUUGAACUAUCCUUUUCUUAUGAAGAUGUAGUUUAAUCUAUAUCCGGUUGUAAAAAUAAUAAGAGCCCAGGUAUCGACUCAAUUACAAACGAAAUUAUUAAAAAUGGGGAAACAUAAUGGCUACAUCAUUGUUUAAUUUCAAAAGGCUUGCUGAUCUCGAAAAAAAAAUCCAGGUGAAUAGAACAAAGGUAUUAUAAUAAUACCAUUGUUUAAGAAGGGUGACACUAGGGGUCUCAAUAAUUAUAGAGGCAUCACAUUGAAUUCGUGUGUAUUCGUGGACUUCAAAAAAAGCAUUUGACACGGUCUGGAGAGGCGGACUUCUACUCGCAAUCAAACAACUUUCAAUGGGAACAAGGAUUUUGGCUAAUAUUAUCAAAGACCUAUACACUGAAAGUGUAAAGUGCUAUUCAAUGAUCUAGAAACAGAAUUAUUCUUUAUAAAUGAAGAGGUAAAACAAGGUUGUUCUCUAUCUCUAAUUCUGUUUUCAAUAUUUAUUAACUUAACAAAAUGAUUAUUGAAAGAAAAUUAGGUGUCAGCAUUUAUAAUGUAAAAUAGGUAGUCUGUUUGGGCAGACGACGUGGUACUUGUUGGUGAAAAUGAGAGAGACCUCACUAUGCUAUUACAGGCAGCAAGUGAUUUUUCCGAGAAAUGGAAGUUAUCUUUUAAUUUUCACAAACUGUUCUCAUAACAGCACAACGAGUAAAAUCAAUACAGGAAAUGGAAACUUGGAAAUGAUUCUAUUUCAGAAAGUGAUAAUUAUAAAUACUUAGGGGGUAACCGUAUCACGCUCAUUGACCGACACGUACCAUAUUGAUGAAGUAAUAAAAAAGGGUAAUAGUAUUAUAGCAUACAUAAAAUCUAUAAACAAUGAAAACAGAAUUUAUUAUGGUAACAUAUUAUGAAGUCCAUUGGUUUGCCAACCAUAAAUUACGUAUGUUCAGUGUGGUUAUGCAACGGCAAGACCCCUACAAAAAAGCUGGAAAACUUACAAUACCAGAUGGCUAAAAUUAUACUUAAAGGUCCCCGUAAUGUUGCAAAAGAAGCGUUAUAUGGGGAUUUAGUUUGGCAAUCCAUAGACUCCAUUUAAAAUAGUUUUAGACUGUCAUAUUUUAACAUGUUAAAAAAUAUGGAAGAAAAGAGAUGGCCUAGGUUACUACUGAAAGCAAUCCUGCAAGUACAAAAUGUUGUAAGAUGGAAAUGGCCAUAUGCAAUCCAAAAUAUACUACAAAAAUGUACGGUAACAUGUUAAAAUGUGUAUAUCAUCGAAAACGAUGAUAGCUAGAUAAAAUCAUGCAAAAUAGAGAACAAAAAGACCGACGCUAAAGAUUGGUAUGGUAUGUAAGAGCAAAAUGAAGUCAUCUCUUAGUGACUAUAUAAAAUAUAAAGGAGAACCAAAAUUUUAACUUUAUCUUCUUGAUAAAACAAAUUUUAAAGGAAUCAAUCUUAAAUGCAAGGCCCGAUCCAACUCACUAGAGCUUAAAGGAAGAAAGUCAUCUUGGUCAAAUGAUUUUCCAGAUAAAUGUAAAAUAUGCCAUGAUAAUACUAAAGAAACUGUUGACCAUUUUAUAUUUGGAUGUAACAGACUACAGAUAAUUAGAAAUGAUACUUUUAGAAAUUUAAAAGAACUUUAUUAUUGGGGUCUCCGGUGUUCUUGGGAUGACUUUGAAAAUGGUUCUAUAGAAUUUAAACAUCACUUGUUUUUAGAUAAAUUUAUAUGAGAACGGAAAAUUGGACGACAUUUUUGACCGUCAUUGUAAACAAUAUACCGGUAUUUGUGCCGCUUGCAUCUGUAGAAGUAAUAUAUACAAAGAAUUAUGCCUAUCUUAAUACCCUAUAUAAUGCUGUUACUUAACGGUAUAUUUAAUUUAACUUUAUUUAGGUACGGUAUUUCUUUUUGUAGUUUAUAUGGGUGUUUGUGCAUGCUUGCAAGUGUAUGUGGG